AUGCAUUUGACCGAGGCCGCCGGGUUCAAUGCUGAACCACCGCACGGCAUUAUAUCUGGAGACACACGUGGGUCGUUGGCUCUUGAAGCCCAACGCAGGCUAUUCGGCAUCGCCCGUCAUUUCAAUGUGUGGGUUUCCUUCGAGCUUGGUCGCUCGCGGGUGACUCUUCACACUGCAGCAACCCAGCUCCCGAGCCCAAGAGCGAACGGAGUGAGGGACGUUUUCAGCUUUCUGGCACUAUCAGAGAACCUGGGCCCCGAGAAGGCGCAAGAUGCAAUCUCCUUACGGCAAGCGCUGGAUGACAUUUUGAAAAUUGACAACCUGCGGCCGCCCAUGAUACUGACGCAAUGCAACUUGAUGCUCUGCAUCAACCGACGUCUUCGUGCCCUCAACUUCAUCAUCUCCGAUGUCUAA